AUGAUCUUAUUUACUGGAAGUGAUAAUCUCAUGUUUGAAGAAUUCAAGAAGUCUAUGAUGGUUGAAUUUGAAAUGACUGAUCUUGGUUUAAUGCAUUACUUUCUUAGCAUAGAAGUAGUGCAAUCUACUAAUGGAAUUUUUGUUUCUCAAAAGAAGUAUUUGCGAGAGGUUUUGGAUAGAUUUCAGAUGAAGGAUUGCAAUCCAGUGAGUACUCCAACUGAAUUUGGCUUGAAGCUAGACAAAGAUCAUGAAGGCAAGAAAGUGGACAGCACACUGUACAAGCAAAUUGUUGGUAGUUUGAUGUAUUUGACUGCCACAAGACCAGACAUAAUGCAUUCUUUGUUUCAUGGUCAUCCAAGAAGCAACCUAUUGUCACAUUGUCGACUACAGAAGCUGAAUUUGUUUGCGGCUACAGCUUGUGCUUGUCAAGCAAUUUGUUUGAGGAAAAUUCUUGAAGAGCCACAUUUCAAGCAAGUGGGAGCUACAACUAUUUUCUGUGACAACAAUUCAACUAUUAAACUUUCCAAGAAUACUGUGCUUCAUGGAAUAAGUAAGCACAUUGAUGUGAAGUAUUAUUUUUUAAGAGAUCUCAACAAUGAUGGAGUAAUUAAUUUGAAGUACCGCAGAAGUGAAGAACAGCUGGCUGAUCUAUUUACUAAACCACUCAAAUUGCUUCCCUUCCAAUAUUUGAGAAAGUUAAUGGGAAUUUGCACUUUGGAGAAUUUAGCAUGA